AUGAGUGUCGCCACUUCAGCACGAUCAGUGCUGUCACGGCGCCUGGCCGCCGCAGUCAGACCAUCUGCCGCAGCAUCGAUACCACAGUGCUAUGCCGCCUCCUUUCAUAGCUCCGCCCGCCUCGAGAAGAGGAGGAAACCACGCUUCGCCAGUAUCAAUGCAGAGGAGAUGGGCCUGGUCGACCCGGCCAAGCCGAGGACAUACAACGAAUACAGAGCAGACUACGAGGCGACAGUCGAGAAGCACGCCAAGGAGCAAUUCCAGCCGUACACCCCCGAGGAGCUCGAGAUCCUGAAGAAGCACUACACAUCGGAACAGAUGGAGGCGCUCGAGGCUGGUGAAGCCGCCAUAGACCCCCAGGAUCUGUCCGUACAAGGCCGUCUGAGAAAAGACCCGUACAGGCUGCCGUACCUGGACGAUUUCAGUCGUAUCGUGCCCACCAUCGACAGACAACCCAAGAAGUCGACACAACCCAAGGAAGACGCGAAGUGGUUGACGGAAGAGGAGCACUUGCUCGACUUUUUUGAGGGCCAGGACGCACACAUCAAGUCGCUCCUGGCGCGAACCUCCUUCACCGAAAAGGAGUGGGAGGCAAAACCGCCCCAGGAAAAGAAGAGAAUCAUAACCGAUGUCGUACGUCAAGUCAGAGAAAAUGCAGAGAGGCAGAAACUGCCCGAGAGCGUUCAAGCGGCAGCCCAUUUCUUCGAGACCUCGAUGCUCAACGAUGGAAACAGGCCAUCGGCUUCUGCACUGGCACCUAGUCUAGGGAAGGACAUUCCUGGUGUUACCGGCCUGUACAGCAGCCCCAUCGAUCCCGAGGAUCAAGGUCUGGACGAUGAUGGUAUCUACCAAGAUCUCAAGAAGCGAACCGGCAUGUCAGUCAAACAGAUGAAAGAACUUACGUGCAAGGUUUUGGUUGUGCGCAUGGUCCACAACCAGACUCGUCUAGGAAAGAUUCGAAGUGUCUGGGUCAUGGCCAUUGCCGGCAACAAGAACGGCCGCUUGGGUAUUGGAGAGGCCAAGUCAGUUGAGAACGGUGUUGCCGUUCAGAAGGCCAAGCUCCUUGCCAUCAGAAAUAUGCAACCCAUCAGGCGGUACGAGGACAGGACAAUCCACGGAGACGUGACGGCCAAGAUCGGCGCCACCAUUGUGAAGCUACAGGCCCGCCCCCCAGGGUUUGGUCUCCGAGUUCCCGCCCGUCUCUUUGAAAUGUUCCGCGCCUGCGGCAUCCACGAUAUUGCCGGCAGCAUGCCACGUUCGAGAAACCCAAUGAACUCUGUUAAGGCGACCUUCCAUGCCCUGACCAACCAGAAGGACCCGAAUGAGAUCGCCAUCGGAAGGGGCAAGAAGCUCGUCGACGUACGAAAAGUGUACUUUGGCGGCAAUGUGUUAUAA